CAGCUUUACAUGAAGACCAGUGACAAGUUCCAUGAAUUUCUGUCUGGGUUCCUGUACCUUGCUGCUGAAGCAGAUGUUGCAGAGAAGGACUGGAAGAAUGAGCUCUACACUAAGCUGACAACCAGACUCCAAGAGCUGUGCAUCUCUGACUGCAUUAAGAAUGGUACCUUCCAAGAGUUCUCCAGUGCAGUUUCCCAGACGGCCAGCUUUCUCAAAGUUAUCAACCACCAUGCUCAGAAGAAUCAGACAUUCACCCCCAACAAGGAGAUGAACAAGAGUGCUAGUCAAUCUGGAACCACCAUCAAGAAGGUGUGA